UUCUCCACUAAUCAUACGAGAAUCGGACACGAUGUCGAACAAGAUUGCAAUCCUCCUGGCUAUUCUGGUUGCGGUAGUUGCCUGCGUUGAGGUGCAAGCCUCGCAGCGACCUCGCUACGCCCGACCACUGCCCCACUUCCUGCCCAGACCGCAGUAUAGCGUUGGACAUCGCAUCGUAGGUGGAUUCGAGAUCGACGUGUCGGAGACUCCGUAUCAAGUGUCGCUGCAAUACUUCAGAAGCCAUCGCUGCGGAGGAUCCGUGCUGAACAACAAGUGGGUCCUGACAGCUGCUCACUGCACGGAUGGUCUCGACGCUAGCAGCCUCUCUGUACGCCUGGGAUCUUCCAAACACGCUUCCGGUGGUACCGUUGUCCGCGUGGCACGUAUUGUGGAACACCCGAAGUACGACGGCAACACCAUCGACCACGAUUACUGUCUGCUGGAGCUGGAAAGCGAGCUUACCUUCAGCAAUGCAGUUCAGCCGAUUGCUCUUCCCGAGCAGGACGAACCGGUGGAGGAUGGAACCAUGGCGACCGUCUCUGGAUGGGGUAACACGCAAAGCGCCAGCGAAUCGAACGCUAUUCUGCGGGCAGCCAACGUGCCGACCGUGAAUCAGCAGGAGUGUGAAAAGGCCUACGGUACGACCCCAGGAAUCACCGACCAAAUGCUGUGCGCUGGAUACCAGCAGGGCGGUAAGGACGCUUGCCAGGGAGAUUCGGGAGGUCCGCUGGUCGCUGACGGAAAACUGAUUGGCGUUGUUUCGUGGGGUUUCGGAUGCGCUCAGGCUGGAUACCCGGGAGUGUACUCGCGUGUGGCCAGCGUUCGUGACUGGGUGCGUGAGAACAGUGGAGUGUAAAAUGCGCUCAAUCGCUAGUCGGUAGUCGACACUAAUUUAUGAUGAACGAACAAAAUUGAAGAAGUAAAUAAAUUGAAUUGAUGAAUUGCAUAUAA